UGGAAAAGUUGCUGCGGGGUUCAUCAGCUGAAGGGGACUCGGUUCGCAGAUCAGUUACACACUAAAGAACGGCGGGUAGCAACACCAGCAAACGUGACGAAACGGAACCGUGCAGCAAAGGUGGAGACAGCAUUUGCAGUAACCUGCAGUGACGAACAUGAGUCAGUUGUUCCCGGUGCCCCUUUGCUUAAUCUGCAUAGAAUGAUAGCCAGCUACCUAGUGCCAACGUCGAUAGGGGGCGAGAUUGGGUGUACAAAACGUACAUUGAACUUACUCGUUCAUUCGACCACUUUCUCAAACAUCUAAAAUGGCCGCCGUCAUUGCCAAGUCCUCCGUCUCCGCGGCCGUGGCUCGCCCGGCCCGCUCCAGCGUGCGCCCCAUGGCCGCGCUGAAGCCCGCCGUCAAGGCUGCCCCCGUGGCUGCCCCGGCUCAGGCCAACCAGAUGAUGGUCUGGACCCCGGUCAACAACAAGAUGUUCGAGACCUUCUCCUACCUGCCUCCUCUGACCGACGAGCAGAUCGCCGCCCAGGUCGACUACAUCGUCGCCAACGGCUGGAUCCCCUGCCUGGAGUUCGCUGAGGCCGACAAGGCCUACGUGUCCAACGAGUCGGCCAUCCGCUUCGGCAGCGUGUCUUGCCUGUACUACGACAACCGCUACUGGACCAUGUGGAAGCUGCCCAUGUUCGGCUGCCGCGACCCCAUGCAGGUGCUGCGCGAGAUCGUCGCCUGCACCAAGGCCUUCCCCGAUGCCUACGUGCGCCUGGUGGCCUUCGACAACCAGAAGCAGGUGCAGAUCAUGGGCUUCCUGGUCCAGCGCCCCAAGACUGCCCGCGACUUCCAGCCCGCCAACAAGCGCUCCGUGUAAAUGGAGGCGCUCGUCGAUCUGAGCCGUGUGUGAUGUUUGUUGGUGUUUGAGCGAGUGCAAUGAGAGUGUGUGUGUGUGUGUUGUUGGUGUGUGGCUAAGCCAAGCGUGAUCGCAUGACGCAAGGACAUUCUUUGAGACUUUUGGGUCUCAGUUUUGCUGGUGUUCUGAGGUUAUGCGGUUUUGCGUUUGUAUAUACGCUGCUAUUGGUUUCCCCCAAACGCGCGUGACUUCACAAUAAUUAGCCCGUACCUGCUGGUUACGUGGCGGCACCGUGUACAAUACCCUAGGCAUCAGGGUUAGGCAUGGUUACUUGACACUGGAGAGAUCGGAUGCUAUCAUUCAUCAGAUAUCUCACCCCCGAGAAGAAAAACCCAACCGAGUGUAAGUCAACGCGACA